GUUCCCUGCCGGGGAUAGGGUGACCUUUAAUGGGAAGGACUGUCUUUGUCAGUACUGUGUCGAACCUAUGUCUCCAGGACCAAAGGACAUCCUAGGCUCCAGCAACUGUGCUGGAUGCGGCCGAGACAUUAAGAACGGACAGGCUCUUCUUGCCCUGGACAGACAAUGGCACCUGGGCUGCUUCAAGUGCAAGGCCUGCAGCAAAGUGCUGACCGGGGAGUACAUCAGCAAGGAUGGCGCUCCCUACUGUGAGAAGGACUACCAGAUCCAUUUUGGAGUUCAGUGUGAGGCGUGUCAUCAGUUCAUCACAGGGAAGGUGCUAGAGGCGGGAGAUAAGCACUACCACCCCAGCUGUGCGAGAUGCAGCAGGUGCAAUCAGAUGUUCACAGAAGGAGAAGAGAUGUAUCUGCAAGGAUCAACAGUCUGGCAUCCUGGCUGCAAGAACACCACUAGAACAGAGGAGAGACACAGGGAGCGGCCUACGAGGUCGUCGUCCGAGAGUAUUUGUUCCAGACCUGGUUCAAGCAUACCUGGCUCACCGGGUCACACGAUCUAUGCAAAAGUAGACAAUGAGAUCCUUGAUUACAGAGACCUAGCUGCCAUUCCAAAAGUCAAAGCCAUUUAUGACAUUGAGCGCCCUGAUCUUAUUACCUAUGAACCCAUGUACUCCACCUCCCUGGAUGAGAGAGAGGAGAGACGAGAGAGUGUGGGAGAGCUCCACACUGCCAGGAGGGAACGUUCCCCUUUGCCUGAUGACAAGUCCUCAAGAAAUAUGUCGCCGACCCCACCCAGUGAGGGCUCUUACGACAGGAGGGAACGCAUCCUUCAAAGGUCCACCAGUCAGGGCUCCAUAGGAUCACCAGUUUAUAAUCGCCAUGGUUACACCCCCACCUUGUCGCGGUCACCUCAGCAUUUUCACAGGCCAGAUCAGGGGAGCAACAUCUACAGAAAACCACCCAUCUACAAACAACACGAUACAGCUGCCAUAGCACGUCAAAGCAAGUCUGCUGAUGACAUCAUCAGAUCCGCCACCUUCCCCGCUGCCCAUGCUCCCUCUCCGGACGACAGCUCGCGGAGUGAGGGCGACCGUUGGCCCUACUCUCUCGCUGUAUUAGGUUCAGAAGGCAGGAGACGAUCUAGAGAAGAGGAGGAGGAAGAGGCAUUGAAAAGAAAGCAGCUGCAGGAGGAACAUCUCAGUAAGAUUCAGUCUGGUUUGGGGAAGCUGAUUCUGAAGGAGGAGAUGGAAAAAGAGCAGAUCAGGGAGCGUCACGCACGCAGCCUCUCUGCUCAGCGCUAUGAUCCUAAACAGACCAACUGUGACGCAGAUCCAACCUCUCCAACCAAAACUAACUCUCUGCCUGGCUAUGGAAGAAAUGGACUGCAUCGGCCACAGUCAACAGAUUUCACUCAGUACAACAGCUAUGGUGACAUGUGUGGAGGAGGCAGAGAGUUUCAGCACAUUAAGGAUGGCCGUGCAGCACUUGCAAGGAUGGACAGGGGAGUAUCUAUGCCUAAUAUGUUGGAACCAAAAGUGUAUCCCUAUGAAAUGCUCAUGAUAACCAGUAGAGGGAGAGCUAAACUGCCCAGGGAUGUGGACAGAACCAGACUGGAGCGCCACUUAGCACCUGAAACGUUCUUUGACAUCUUUGGAAUGGAGAUCCAGGAGUUUGACAGGCUUCCCCUGUGGAAACGCAACGACAUGAAAAAGAAGGCCAAGCUCUUCUAGCACUCAGAGCAGCAUGCAUAUUCUGUACAUUCAUUCAGAUAGCACACGACAACUGUAAUCUAGAUGUAGGUUUUUUGGUUUAUUUCCUUUUUCUUCUGUUUUUUUUUUCUCUCUCUCUCUCUCUCUCUCUUUUAUUUUUGUUUUUUUGUUUUUUCCUGACAUAAUCAAGGAAGCCAUGAAGCGGACUCUCUUUGCUCUGACGCUUCCUGAGGCUUUAAACUGAAAGACUUGUCCAGUUAGACUUGCACAGAAUGGGAAUCUCUUCCAUGUUCAAAAAUGACAAAGAAUGAAUGAUAAAUAGGGUCAUGUUAUUUGGUUUGACUGCGCUUGUUUUACUUCUUGCUUUGCUUUGAGUGGAACUGCUUUCCUUUCUUUCUUGCUUGUUUCUUCCUACUAUUUGUUGCUGUUGAUUCCUGUGGAACUUUGUAAGUACAGUAGAACCUCAUGGCGCCAUUAUGAAAUGUCCAUGCUUGAUGCUUGAACAUGUGUCAGCUUUCCUUCGCUUGGGCUGAAACAAUUUUAGUCCAAAGUUUGCAAGAAUUGGCUCAGUGAGUCUUUGAAUAAAAAAACAACAACAACAAAAAAAAAAACAUGUCACAGGGAAAGCAGUCAGCUGACCCAACAACUGUUUUACUGGAUCUACAUGGAAAUUAAUCAUCCAAGCACCAACAUAUCACCACUCUCCUGCCCCCGGCUACUGCACACACAAAGCAUUCAUCUGACCCUGACAAAAAAAAAAUGUCUCUCUUCUCAGGCUCUCAUAAACAUGGCCAGACACUUUCCCUUUACAUGUAUUGGAAGAAGUACAAAUCUUAAUAUAUUUUAAUGCCCUAUCCGACGUAAAGUAACAGACAAAUAGCUAAAACCCCUAAUGUAACUGUAUUUGAAAGUACUGUUUUAUAAGUGAAAACCCACACUGCCAUUUGUUGUAUUGAAAUUUAAGCCAAUAAAGCUUUAAAUCACCAUGAACCAUAAUGAUCCUCUGCUAUACCAAAGGUA